AUGGCUCGUCAGCAAAACCUGGCAGACCGAGUUCGGUAUAUCUUGCGCUCAAAUAUAUUUGAUGUCGCCGAACUCGAACGGCUACGACGUGAGGCUGUUCCCUCGUCGGAUGAGAAUGCUACGGCUGAGGAUGCGGCGCCACAAAUGGUAGAGCAACCCGCAAACGUGGAUGCCGCCGUGAAUACCCCAGUUGUGGUUGAUUCAAACGAUGAUGGAACAGUCGCCCAGGAACUGGAAUUAGAGCAUAUGAGGAGUAUAUUGGAAGAGGCGAUUGUGGAAACGCGCAGUACGCCUCUCGAAAAUCGACCGCGACUUCCCCGCAUAGCCCUAAGCAAGCGGAAUCGGGCUGUCGUGAGGGCUCUGAACCCAAUGCUGGUUACCUAUUUGGAAGCCAGCCGGGACCUUUGCGAGACGGACUCAAUUCUUUUUGGCGCCGCGCUGGCAGUCUGCCGUAUCAUAGGCGCCAAGGUUUCCACGGCUGGACGCGCUACUGGCCAUAGUAGCGCUAUCCCAGCAUGGAGAAGAAGAAUUGAGGAACGUAUCGCAAAGGCUAGAGCUCUCAUCGGCAGACUGAUAUGCUUCAGAUCAGGCAACAACAGGCCAAGAAUUGUGCGCACCGUCAGGAUGGCGUUUGCUGGGACAAAUGUCAGUUUGUCCCAGCCGGAUAUAACGCAAAAACUGACGGAGCGCAUAGGUGAUCUGAAGCAGAGAAUCGCUGCUUGGGGAAAGCGGAUUCGGCGAUAUACCGAGAGGUCGACACGGUUCAACCAGAAUCGUCUCUUCCAGAGUGAUCAGAAGAGGCUCUAUGAAUCAUUGGAGCGACCAAUGGUAAGUGGAACGGGUCCAGCACCGGAUCAGGCCGACACUGUAGCAUUCUGGCGCGGCCUGUGGUCAGAGCCCGUAAACCACAGCGAGGGCCCUUGGACGGAAGUUGUGGCGAGUCAGUGUGCGGGUAUUACGCCCAUGGACCCCGUCAUCAUAACGCCGGAUGACGUAGCUGAGGUGGUUCGUAGGGCCCCGAACUGGAAAAGUCCGGGGCUUGACGGGCUGCAUCACUACUGGCUGAAGGGGUUCAUGGUGUGUCACUCUGUGCUCGCCCGACAGUUUCAAGAGGCUCUCAACCAGAAGUCGCUCCCAAGCCUCUUCACUACUGGGAUCACUCAUUUAGUUCCUAAAGACCAGGGUACCACAGACCCGAGCAAAUACCGCCCCAUCACGUGCACAACCUAG